CUGUCUUAUAUAUAUAUCACUAUAUCCAUAUGCUGUUCCUCACUUCCAUUUCCAAUCUCGAAGCUCUUCUUACUCAGAAGCAUCACAACUCACGCACCCUUUAUAUAUUAAACAAAGUCAGUCAUCAUUUGAGAGUAAAAGAAGUGAGUAACUCUCAGCAGAAAAAGAGAUAGAGAUGGCAGCUGAUAAGGAGGUGGAGACUGUGAUUGUAGGGAAUUAUGAGGAGAUGGAAACUGAAGGGAAGCCUAAGGACAUGAAGACGAUUCUAUCUAAGUUUUUGUGGCAUGGUGGUUCUGCUUACGAUGCUUGGUUUAGCUGCGCUUCCAAUCAGGUGGCUCAGGUGUUGCUUACUUUACCAUACUCGUUUUCUCAGUUAGGAAUGGCCUCCGGCAUACUUUUUCAGCUCUUUUAUGGGCUGUUGGGUAGCUGGACAGCUUAUCUGAUUAGCAUACUUUACGUAGAGUACAGAACUAGAAAAGAAAGAGAAAAAGUUGAUUUCAGGAACCAUGUCAUCCAGUGGUUCGAAGUUCUUGAUGGGCUCCUAGGAAAAUACUGGAGGAAUGUCGGUUUGGCAUUUAACUGCACUUUUCUUCUCUUUGGAUCUGUCAUUCAACUCAUUGCUUGUGCAAGCAACAUAUAUUACAUAAACGACAAUCUAGACAAGAGAACUUGGACUUACAUCUUCGGAGCUUGUUGUGCCACCACAGUGUUUAUUCCUUCAUUUCACAAUUACAGAAUGUGGUCAUUUCUUGGCCUUCUCAUGACCACCUACACUGCUUGGUAUCUCACCAUUGCCUCUCUCCUCCAUGGCCAGGUGGAGGGAGUGAAGCAUUCGGGUCCAACGAAGAUGGUUCUCUACUUCACUGGGGCCACAAACAUUCUCUACACAUUUGGCGGACAUGCUGUUACUGUAGAAAUCAUGCACGCAAUGUGGAAGCCUCAGAAAUUCAAAGCCAUAUACUUGCUGGCAACACUGUAUGUACUAACACUAACGCUUCCAUCAGCAGCAGCAGUGUAUUGGGCUUUUGGAGACUUGCUUCUUAAUCACUCCAACGCCUUUUCUCUCCUCCCAAGAUCACCCUUCAGAGACAUGGCCGUCAUUUUAAUGCUCAUCCACCAGUUUAUAACAUUUGGGUUUGCAUGCACCCCUUUGUACUUCGUAUGGGAGAAAGCGAUAGGGUUGCAUGAAUGCAAGAGCUUGUGUAAAAGAGCUGCAGCCAGAUUGCCUGUGGUCAUUCCUAUUUGGUUUUUAGCUAUCAUCUUCCCUUUCUUUGGACCCAUCAACUCCACCGUUGGAUCUCUCCUUGUUAGCUUCACUGUCUACAUCAUCCCUGCCCUCGCCCACACCUUUACCUUCAAAUCAGCCGCUGCAAGAGAGAAUGCAGUGGAGCAGCCACCAAGGUUCGUGGGCAGAUGGGUGGGGACGUACGUGAUAAAUGUGUUCGUGGUGAUAUGGGUGUUGAUUGUUGGGUUUGGAUUUGGCGGGUGGGCAAGCAUGAUAAAUUUCGUACACCAGAUUGAUACAUUUGGUCUCUUCACAAAAUGUUACCAGUGCCCACCACCACUUCCCAACAAUCUAAACGCCACCAACGCAGCUCCUCCCCUCUACCACCCCAUCAAUCGUACUCACCACCUUUGAUUUCGGCCGCCGAAAACCAAAGAUUGCUAACUUAUAAAAGUUCUUUCCAAGACUUCCCAAAUCACAGCCGUUAUGAUCAUGAGAUCACAUCAUUUUGCACCCUUGGAUUAAGAUCCCUCUGCUGGUUAGACAAUGGAGACAAUUAUGUAACAAUACACAUACAUAUUCCUCCUUUUUAUGAUCUCCUUGUGUCUCUUAUUAAGUUUAGAAAGUUGUAUGAAUUUCAUUUAAAUAAAAAAAAAACGUAUGCAAUAUUUGAAUUUGCA